CCUUACAGCUUCUGCUGACGAACAGAAGAGGGGUCGCCAUCAUUGGAUAGCAGGCGAUGCCCACAUGAAGAUAAACAAACGACGAGGAGCGCAGUAACCAUCUGCACAUGAGUGUUGCUCGCUUCCCAAGGUUAGCGCUUCUUCCGGUUUCUAGCAACACAGCUCUGGUCCAAUCAAAACGCUGCAUAGUGGGCAACGAACACCAACAGCCAAUCAGAUUGCUUACUCGCUGUCAGGCUACGACGACGAAUGGGGUUGACGUGACCACGAAGAUGGAGGUGAACCGUCUGGACUUCUACAUCGGUCUCUCCCUGGCCGUGAGCUCCAGCGCCUUCAUCGGGGCCAGUUUCAUCCUGAAGAAGAAAGGCCUGCUGCGAUUGGCCGGCAAAGGCUCCACGCGAGCAGGUCAAGGGGGGUAUGCUUACCUGAAGGAAUGGCUGUGGUGGGCAGGACUAAUUUCAAUGGGAACUGGAGAGGCCGCCAACUUUGUUGCAUAUGCAUUUGCGCCGGCCACACUGGUGACUCCUCUUGGAGCAUUGAGUGUACUUGUAAGCGCUGUGCUGUCCUCUUACUUUCUGAAUGAGAGGCUGAAUGUUCAUGGGAAGAUUGGCUGUUUGCUGUGCGUUUUGGGCUCCACAGUGAUGGUGAUUCAUGCCCCGCAGGAAGAGGAGGUUGCUUCCCUCAGUGCCAUGGCUGAGAAACUCAAAGACCCAGGUUUCAUUGUGUUUGCUGUGUGCGUUGUUGGAAGCAGCCUGGUUCUUAUCUUUGCUGUGGCUCCGCGGUUCGGACAGAAGAAUGUGCUGGUCUACAUCCUGAUCUGCUCUGUGAUUGGCUCCCUGUCUGUGUCUUGUGUCAAGGGCCUGGGCAUUGGCAUUAAGGAGCUAUUUGCCGGGACAGCAGUGCUGAAGGAGCCCCUGUUCUGGUCCUUAGUCAUCUGCCUGGUAAUCUGCAUCAGCGUUCAAAUCAAUUACCUGAACAAAGCCCUCGACAUCUUUAACACCUCCAUCGUCACUCCCAUCUACUACGUCUUCUUCACCACCUCGGUCAUGGCCUGUUCAGCCAUCCUCUUCAAGGAAUGGUUGCGUAUGACCACUGACGGAGCAGUGGGAACAAUUAGUGGGUUCCUCACCAUCAUUUUGGGGAUCUUCCUCCUUCACGCCUUCAAGGACAUUACAUUUAGCUGUGAUUCCCUCCCACUCUACUUGAGGAAGGGUCCUCAGGGCUUUCCAUGUGGGCACCAGCCUUAUGAGGCUCUUCCUAGCCACGAAAUCCAAGCAGAAGGAAGCUCAAAGGGGGGCCGGGGAACGCACCACAGAGCUUCUUAAGGAGGACCAAUAGUCUCGUCACUACCAAGAGGAAUUUCUUAUUGCAAUUCUAAAGCUUUACUGCAUUACAAUGCGACACGUUUACUUUCAAGUCUGUCUUACUCAAUGCAAUAUGCACUGAAUGAACAAAGUUGCCUAAAGUUCCUGUCGAAACACUGGAUUUCAUAUUAAAUCUACAUUCUUAGUUGAACACAUCUUAAAAAAACAAACCGCAGAUUGUUUGGUUUGUUGCACUGGUGUACCUGUUUUUUUUUUUUAAUACAGUAUAUUAAGGUUAAAGGUUGAUUAGCAUGCUUAAACCAGAUUGUGCCUUCUGUAACUAAAAACGUUAACCUUCCUUAUUCAUAGGUUUGCACUUUUACCGUCAGCAUAUAUGGUGUCAUACGAAUAUAAUUUAAAACAAACAAAGGCAAACAAAUUAUUUGCCCUGAAUGAAUUUCAAUCAUGUUUUUUUAACAAGUCUGAAUAAUUACUCUUGAGUUACUGCAAUACCUCAGUAUUAUAUACAAACUGCACCAAAGAAUGUCCUUUGCCCGUGUGACUUAAUUCCCAACAUGUGCUAAGUUGUAACAUAUCUCCAGUGUAACUGAAGUUUUUGUGUGUAUGAAUUAAAAUUUAAAUGACGUGCCUACACUUUUCCAAAA